AAUGUGCAGCCUUGAAAACAGUUGAGUUAUGAUGAUAAUACUGUAUCUAUGUGAUAAAGUUAAUAAUACUUGUAUAUUUAAUUAAAUGCGCGUCAAAAUGCGCCAGCGUAGCUAACUGUUAGCCUCAGUUAGCUACGCUGAGAACACGAAGCCUGUGAAAGGUUUCCAGGGAAAGAGAAAAGAGGUUUUCACCUUGGCUUUUGCUCUCAGUCCUCCUGCUCACUGUCCAAAGCUCCUGUUGGUUUCAACCAGACAGCUCGUCUGCAGCCAGGGGAGAGGAUGAUCGGCCAUAAACUGCUGUUGUCCGGCCUGAGCUUGUGGACUUCGGGGAGAAGUAGAUGGAUUAGUCGGCUUCUUGGUGGUAUGAAUGGGCAUGGGAAAGCACCCUAUUCAUCUUGCAGGCCAAAGGUGUGCAUUGUUGGCAGCGGUCCAGCAGGUUUCUACACGGCGCAGCACCUGAUAAAGGCCCGUCCAGAUGUUGACGUGGACAUUUACGAGCGGUUACCCGUCCCCUUUGGCCUGGUCAGGUUCGGGGUGGCCCCUGAUCAUCCUGAAGUCAAGAACGUCAUCAACACAUUCACACAGACAGCCAAACAUACAUGCUGUAGCUUCUAUGGUAACGUGACUGUGGGAAAGGAUGUGAGCGUUGCAGAGCUGCAGCAAGCCUACCAUGCAGUGGUACUGAGUUAUGGAGCAGAGGGAAACAGGAGUAUGGGGGUGCCGGGAGAAGACCUGGCCGGUGUGUACUCUGCCAAAGACUUCGUGGGCUGGUAUAAUGGGCUGCCCAGCUGUCAAGAGCUGAGUCCAGACCUGAGUUGUGAAACAGCAGUCAUUCUGGGACAAGGGAAUGUGGCCUUAGAUGUAGCAAGAAUCCUGCUGUCACCCAUUGACAUUUUAAAGAAGACUGAUAUUACCCAGCCAGCCUUGGAGGCUCUGGCAGAGAGCCAUGUCCGCAGGGUACUGAUAGUUGGCAGGAGAGGACCCGUACAGAUCGCUUGCACAAUCAAGGAGGUCAGAGAAAUGGUGAACCUGCCAGACACCAGACCUGAGAUGGUGGCGGCUGAUUUUGAGGGUGUCAAAGACGCUGUUAAAGAUUUGCCGAGGCCUAGGAAGCGUCUGACAGAGCUGUUAUUGAAGACAGCGAUGGAGAUCCCAGGGGAGAAGGAGCAGGAGAGGCAGAACAAUGCCUCCCGCGUCUGGUCCUUCCGGUUCUUCCGAAGCCCGAUUGAAAUCCUGGCUGAUCUUGACAACAAGCGAACAGCUGGCAUCCGGCUGGCGGUCAACAAGCUGGAGGGUUCAGGUGACGGAGCCCGGGCAGUGCUCACUGGAGAAGUGGAGGAUGUGAGCUGUGGCCUGGUCAUUAGCAGUAUAGGCUACAAGAGCCUCCCUAUCGAUCCAUCAGUGCCAUUUGACUCCCGCAAAGCCAUCGUCCCAAACAGCAUGGGCCGUGUUCAACAAGCUGCAGGUCUAUAUUGUAGUGGCUGGCUGAAGACAGGCCCCACUGGGGUGAUAGCCACCACUAUGAACAAUAGUUUUGACACUGCACGAUCCUUGGUGGAGGACAUGGACUCAGGAACAUUGGAUAUAUCUGCUGCCAAGCCUGGUUCACAAAGCAUCAGUGGCCUGCUGGAAAAGAGAGGAGUGAAACCAGUGAUUUUCCUUGACUGGGAGAAGAUUGACAGUGUGGAGAUGAGUAGGGGCGAAGCUGCCGGAAAACCCAGAGAAAAACUCCUGACUGUGGAGGAAAUGCUGCAGGUGGUUCGAAAAUGACUGAAGACAAGACACUGCUUACAGGUGAACAGUGGACACUGAGUGAGUGUUGUAAUAUAGAAGAAAGAAUAAAAAGAAUUAUGAAAAUACCUCAACAUGGACUUAAUUCAUAUUAUACAUGUGGUUCACAUGAAAAGGUAUUGGGUCCUGUAGUUUACCAUUGAAUUCUUACUCUGUAUCCUCAAGAAACCAGGACUUUUGUAUUGUACUGUAACUUACUGUAUGUAUAUUUGAGUAAAGACUGUGGUGACAAAUAUGCCACUUCAUAUAUUGUAAUGUAUCAUAUCCUGUCCAUUUUGUAAUUAUAUUUCAAUACAAAAAUA